CAGACACACGCACAGAGACCGUCGAUGCAUCACUUUCACUAGUUUGCAACUUUUACCUAGUAUUCAUCGAAUGCACCCACAAAAUCCGUACCGGACUCCCCUGGAUUUUAUUGCGUUGGCUGAGGCCUAUCCUAACCUCAAACCUUUCCUGAAGAAGGGCUCGACGGGAGUCGUGAUUAACUUUCAAGAUGAAGCCGCUCAGAGAUGUCUGACAAAAGCCCUCCUGCUCUGUGAUUUCGGGCUAUCGUUGGAUCUGCCGCCCGACCGACUAUGUCCUCCAGUGCCGAACAGAUUGAAUUACAUCCUUUGGAUUCAAGACAUCAUGGGCGCGUGUGCCCGGCGUGAGCCUACUCAUGGAGUAGUUCGAUGCGUCGACAUUGGCACAGGUGCAUCUGCGAUCUACCCUUUGCUUGGAUGCAAGUCAGAUCCCAGUUGGAUAUUUUGGGUCCACAGAGAUUGACGAGCAAUCAAUGAACUUCGCUCUCAGAAAU